AAACAUCCAUAAACAAGUCUCUCAAUAACAACAGCGGAAGUGGAAAAUAAGUUCAUGCUCGAUAUUUGUGCUAUAUCUCAUAUAAAAGUGACAGAGUUUGGAAGAUGAACAGUCUCUCUCCAGAGGUGGCAUUGAGCCGUAUUUCUCCUGAGCUGCGCCCUUUACUCUGCUCUGUGGUGUGCAAUGGACGGGUCGGUUUAGACUCAUCCAGCUGUCUCCGGAUCACUGACCUCAAGAGUGGCUGCACAUCACUAAUGCCUGGUCCAUGCUGUGACCGAUUUAAACUUCACAUUCCAUACGCUGGAGAGACUCUCAAAUGGGAUAUUAUUUUCAAUGCCAAAGACCCAGAACUGCCCCCUGACUUUAUCUUCGGAGAAGAUGCUGACUUCCUUCCUGAACCAUCAGAACUCCCGCACUUGGUGUCGUGGGACACGGGUAAACCAGAGUGUCUCCUGCAGCUGGUGAAAGAGCUGUUGCAGCAGUAUCAUCAGUACCAGUGCCAGCGGCUUCGUGACAGUUCCCGCCUGCUCUUUGAAUAUGGUAGCCUGCUGGAAGACCCCAACUAUGGGCGCAGUAUGGAGAUCUACGCUGGCCGCAAGAACAGCUGGACGGGGGAGUUUUCUGCUCGAUUCCUUCUCAAACUCCCUGUGGAUUUUAGCAACAUUCCCGUCUAUCUCCUCAAGGACACAGCACUCGAUCCAGGAGAAGAUGUGGCGCUUCUGUCUGUUAGCUUCGAAGAUGAUGAAGCCACGCAAGUCUUUCCUAAACUCUACCUGUCACCCAGCAUUGAGCAUGCACUUGGAGGAUCUUCGGCAUUACAUAUCCCAGCAUUCCCCAGUGGAGGCUGCCUCAUUGACUAUGUGCCUCAAGUGUGCCAAUUACUUACAAACAAGGUUCAGUAUGUCAUUCAAGGAUAUCACAAGAGGAGGGAAUACAUUGCUGCUUUUCUCAGUCACUUUGGCAUGGGUGUGGUAGAGUAUGAUGCUGUUGGGUUUACCAAGCUCACCCUUCUGCUCAUGUGGAAAGACUUCUGCUUCCUGGUCCAUGUGGACCUGCCUUUGUACUUCCCUCGAGAUCAACCCACCCUCACCUUUCAGUCUAUCUAUCACUUCACCAGCAGUGGGCAGCUCUACUCUCAGGUGCAGAAAUCUUACCCCUACAGUCCGCGCUGGGACGGCAACGAGAUGGCCAAACGAGCCAAGGCUUACUUCAAAAGCUUUAUCCCUCAGUUCCAGGAGGGGGCUUUUGCCACUGGAAAACUGUAGAUUUACUGUGAGAGUUAGUUAGUUCUCUGAUUUGAAAGGAGGGUCUAUAAACAUGAUGUAUGCUCAGAGUCAAGCAGGAGUCUAAAAGAAACCUGUGAUUCACAAGUCUGCCAACUCUUCAAUGUUCCAGCCCUCAUAAACAACGUCAUUUGGUACAUUUAAAAGUACUGUGUGUAUUUUAUUUUAUUAAUUUUUUUUUUUUUUUUUUAUGCUAUUUGUGAUUCUCAUGUUCUUUAUGAAUAUAUUACAUAUUAUUGUUUUUUACAACAAUAAAUCAAGCCCUUUUUUGCUGCUUUACUCAGUUUUCUUAUUUUGUUUUAAAGUGUUUUACAUUUUUUAUUCAUCCACAGAUUCAUUUGUUUUGUGCCAGUUUAUUUUAGACAAAUCUGAUAUAUAAUUAGCCGAGCUGUAUCAGUGUGUUAUUUUGUGAAUACUUCUACAAUAAGGUUCCAUUUUGUUAACAUUAGUUUAAUAAAUUUAGUAAAUACCAUAGUAAAUGCAUUGCUCGUUAGUGCAUUGUUGCAUUGCUGUUAAUGCAUCACAUUGUGAGUUAUUGUUAAUUAAUGCAUAAACUAAUGAAAAUAGGAACUAAUUGUAAAAAUCCACUCCAUAUCUAAAGUUCAGUAAGGCCAUGUUUGGAUGAAUUUGAAUGGAGUGACUGUCUAUCAUAACUCCCAUAACUUGUGUUAGCAUUUAUUACCAAGGUCAGACAAUGCCUAAAUUCUAUUAUCUGUUACAUCUAGUCUUUUUACCAUUCAGUUUUCAUGUUGACUGUGUCAAGAGACUCUAUGAAACCGUGAAUUAUAAAAAUGUAAUCAUUAGCACCAAACAGGCUGGAUUAUUUGAUGCAUCAAAUUCAUUUUAAUACUUUGGGUCAGGGUUGGUUCAAUUACUUUAACCUAUGAAUGAGGAAUGGUGAUAAUGAUCCUUGCCCAAGCAAACACUAAGUGUGAGGUCAUCAGUACUUAACUUUGAAGGAUUUGGUUCCAGUUUGCAUGUAUGUGUGUGUGAGUAUCUACACGUGUUGUUUUCUUGUGAUGGAAAAGUGUCUUGGAGUGUCGUCACUGUCAACACUGAUUGCUUUUAAGCUUUUAACAGGGUUAAAACUUGAACCAGAGUGAACAUUUGUGAGUGUGUUUGUUAAGGGAGUGUAGUCGUGAAUGGGAUGUGUUGGAGACCUAGAGCUGAGGGAGGGAGAGACUGUAAGAGUGGGAGCUCGCUUGUUUUCAUCAUUAAACAUAGGGGUCAUUGUCAGGGGUCUUUGUUGGCCUCAGGGUCUGCCCUCUGCUAUAUUUGUUGUUGGUAAUGUAGGAGCUGUCAUGUCUAAUUGGGAACCACGGUAUGAAUGCAUUUGGGGCAUUUAAUAGAAUCAAGUCUCUUAAUAAAAGAAUUAAUAACAAGA